AUGGAGCUGAACGACAUACGGAGAAAGGUUGAGAGCGAAAACAACAACCGCAUCCACAUCGCGAAGGCCAAGUUCCGCAACUGCUUAUGCCUCUUCAACAGCUACUCCAAGUGUUACGUGAACAUCAAGAAAAGCUCCAACAGGGAAACUUCCAAAUAUGACAAAAUAUAUGGAAAUGAAAACAUCAGACUUGGGGAAGAAAAGAAAGCGAAGAAUUCGAGCAAAGAAACAUCGCUCGAGUUUACCUAUCCCUACCGGUACGAACAAAACAGAAGCGUCUUCCUAAUUAUAAACAGCGAAAACAUCAAUUCUGGAAACUCUAGCAUAUGCCACAACGACAUUAUAUACAUUAUAUAUAACAAUAAAAAGUAUGAACAUGUUAAUGUGCAGAAGAGGAAAAAAAAGAGGAAAAAAAAAAAGGAAAAAAAAAAAAAAAAAAAAAAACGCCUUACAUGA